UGCUGGUAGAAGAGGCUCCACCUGGCCUGAACCCCGGAGUCUCCAUUCGUGGUCUGGAGAAGCGGUUUCCUGGCAGUGCACAGCCGGCCCUGCGCGGACUCAGCCUGGAUUUCUACCAAGGCCACAUCACUGCCUUCCUGGGUCACAACGGAGCGGGCAAAACAACCACACUGUCUAUCCUGAGUGGCCUCUUUCCACCCACUGGUGGCUCGGCCUUUGUCUUGGGCCAUGAUGUGCGCUCCAGCAUGGCGGCCAUCCGGCCUCACCUGGGCAUCUGCCCACAGUACAACGUGCUGUUUGACAUGCUGACAGUAGAGGAGCACGUGUGGUUUUAUGGCCGGUUGAAGGGUCUCAGUGCAGCUUCAGUAGGCCCGGAGCAGGAACGUCUGCUGCAAGAUGUAGGACUCAUCCCCAAGCGUCUCUCGCAGACACGCCACCUGUCUGGGGGGAUGCAGAGGAAGCUGUCUGUGGCCAUUGCUUUUGUGGGUGGCUCCCAAGUGGUUAUCCUGGAUGAGCCUACUGCUGGUGUAGAUCCCGCUUCCCGCCGCAGUAUUUGGGAACUACUGCUCAAAUACCGAGAAGGUCGCACAUUGAUUCUCUCCACCCACCACCUGGAUGAGGCAGAGCUACUGGGAGAUCGUGUGGCCAUGGUGGCAGGUGGCCGUCUGUGCUGCUGUGGGUCUCCACUCUUCCUACAGCGUCACUUGGGCUCUGGCUACUACCUGACCCUGGUGAAGAAGUCCCCACCCCUGAAUAUCAGUGAGAAGAGUGACACUGACUCAAAGGACAGUCUUGAUACCAGACAGGAGGGGGAGCCGGGCCUCCAGAACAGUGCAGCAG